GCAGCAGAGGAUUUAUUACCAGGCCUCCACCCAGCCUGGUGGACUUUCGACUCCGAGCCAGAGGAAAGAGAACCAAACACGGUUCCAGGAGCAAGGGGUGCCUGAGGAUGGCCAAGUUCCUUUCCCAGGACCAAAUUAAUGAGUACAAAGAAUGCUUCUCCCUCUACGACAAGCAGCAAAGAGGGAAGAUGAAGGCUGUGGAUCUUCUGGUGGCCAUGAGAUGCCUGGGGGCCAGCCCAACGCCAGGGGAAGUACAGCGGCACCUGCAGACUCAUGGGAUAGACGAGCACGGAGAGCUGGAUUUCUCUACCUUCCUGACCAUCAUGCACACACAAGUCAAACAAGAGGACCCAAAGAAAGAAAUUCUUCUGGCCAUGCUGAUGGCAGACAAGGAGAAGAAAGGUUACAUCAUGGCAUCUGAGCUACGGUCAAAGCUCACGAAACUGGGAGAGAAGCUCACUCACAAAGAAGUGGAUGAUCUUUUCAAGGAAGCAGGCAUUGAACCAAAUGGCCAAGUGAAAUAUGACACAUUCAUCCAGAGGAUCACCCUUCCUGUGCAAGACUACUGAGGUCAAGCUGAGAUCAAGGGAGCAGAGCAUGGGGGCCUCCUGGGCCUGAAACUGGAAGUCCAGCAAUGGCAAACACUGCAGUGAGUCCACAAUCAGUGCAGGAGAUGAAGUAGCAACAGAUGAUGCAGCCAUGGUAUACCAUGCCUGUAGUAAAAGGUCCGUAUUGAUUUUAGUAUUCGCAUUAGCCUAGCUCUUUGCAGCAUGGGAGGGGGGCCUAUGAUUGGUAGUCAGGUUUGUGUAUCAAUGCUGGCUCUGCAACGUCAUUACCAUCACUUUGUUUGGGGAGACCACUGUACUUCUCAAAGCCUUUGGGCCUUACAAAGAUGAAGAUCACAGCUUGAAAAUAAAUGGCUGGCAACUUGA